AUGUACCACCACUACUCUUUCCUCAUCCUCUCCCAGCCACAACACACCCUCAUCAUCCGCACUUAUCUCACUCAACAAAACAAUCUCCCACCCUUUCCUCACAAUCUUCUCUAUCACUCUCCUCAAACACCUCCUAUUAUGCUCUCUCAUCGACAAUCUCUGCACAUUCCACGUCACAAUCACUCUCACCCUCCCUUGCAUCCCCUCCACAACCUCAUCCUCUCCCCCUCGAUCCCUCCUCCUCCUCCUCCUCCGACCCUCGUGACGCCUCCCCCUCCUCUCUUCUCUUCGCCUCUCCCCCCCUCCCCUCCGCCCCCUCCAGUUCCUCGGCCCAGGGUGCGGGUGAAUGGACCGGAGUCCAAUCACCCUAAGGGCCGCUGCCAGCCUGUCCAAGACGGCUCGCCACCGUCCGGCAGGCACCGAUGCGGGCCCCCGAGGGGCCCUCGCCUCGAAAGUUUUUAUAGAGGGGUCCGGGGCGGCUACUCCCUUCUUCCUCUGUUGUGA